AUGAACAAUUUACGACGUCUCAUUGGCCGUUCCUCCACAUCACAGAGCAAGAGUCCAGCAUCCCCAACGCCAGCUGAAUACAUGCAGGAACAAGAUGAAAAUGCUGAAGGCGACAAUAGCACACCACAGCUAACCAACGAGUACUUUAAACGAUACGAGCUUAUGACAGAGUUCAUAAAUUUGAGGAACCCAAGCCAUUGCCCAUUAGGCGUGUAUGUGAUACCCUCUUCAGAUAACUUGAACGUAUGGUACGGUGUCGUCUUUGUGCAUAAAGGAUAUUAUCGAUCAGGCGUAUUCAAGUUUCGCAUGACAAUCCCUGAGAACUACCCCAACCAUCCGCCGUCAGUGACUUUUUUGACUGAAAUGUUCCAUCCUUUGGUCGAUACACAAGGCAAUCUUUCAUUAUCCCAACAAUUUGCCACAUGGCGACCUUAUCAAGAUUAUCUUUUUCACGUGCUCCAUUAUGUCAAGAAUAUUUUCAAACGUGUCGUACUGGAUGGAUUGGUCGAUAAACAUUGCCCACACAAGGAGGCCUAUCGAUUAUAUCGGACGGAUCGAACCGUGUUUGGCAAACUAGCACAACAAAGCGCACAGCUAUCCAUCACCGAAUCAUAUCUCUUUGAUCAUUUCCCUGAAAACAAUCUCAUCAAGUUCUCCAAAUUGAGCGAAGCAGAAUAUGAGGAUCUCAGGACACAAAUAUUGGAUAGUGCAAGAUCAUCUUAA